AUGAUUGCUUGUCUCUUUAAAAUGAUUUAGACAUACUCAAAUAUUUAAAAGGAGAUAAGUCAUAUAAUUAAAUGGAUUCUAAAUGAAAAAAAUUCAUUUGAUUUGAGCAAUGCAGAUACUCGAAUGAUGCCGUUGAGAAUUUGUUUAGAAUAUAUCCUGACAUUGUAGCAAAUUAUAAAUUAGAUCAAAAACCUUUGUCAUAAUAAAAUAGAAGAAAUUAUUGUUAAUACUUAGACUUUAUUAAAAAUUAUAAUACUAAAAAAGCUCAAAAUAUCAUUUUUGGGUACAUCCUAUAAUAUUAUUUAUUGGAGUUCUUCUAAUUUUCAAUUUUAUUUUAUGAGAUCUAAAAAUAACUUUAGAUAUGGCUAUAAAGCAUUUCUUUGA